AAAUUUACAUAAACACUACUUUAUGGUUUAACGUCAAACUGUCCGACUAAUAAAAACAAAAAUGUGAAAUUUUAUGCGUUAGCAAUUAUAAGUUAUUUUAUACGAAAGCUAUUUGUUUACUUAAUAGACGGUUUUGUAUUUAAGUAAGAUUUUUCACAGAAUUUAAAACAAUUUAAAUCAGUAGUUCUGGACCACCGGUCCUAGGACCAGCAGUAGUCCGUGGAUCCGCGAUAGCGAGGUGCAGGUUAUAACUAAAUAUAUUUCAAAUUUUACCCCAAAAACGUGGUCCGUGGCAAAACUUACAUUUUGACAAAUGGUCCCUCAUCACUAAAAGGUUAAGAACCACCGAUUUCAAUUCUACAACGCAUAAUAAAAUUGUCAACAUAACCUACAAAAUAGAUCGCUAUUCUUUGUAAAAUACUACAAAAUGCGUUAUGCUCAGCUAGUUGUCGGGCCAGCGGGUAGUGGAAAGUCAACAUACUGUUCAACAAUAGUGAAACAUGCUACUGAUACUAAUCGUGUCAUAGAUGUAGUUAAUUUGGAUCCUGCAGCCGAACAUUUCGACUAUGAACCACUUGUAGACAUCAGAGAACUGAUACAUCUCGAUGAUGCGAUGGAAGAUGAAGAUCUACAGUUCGGACCUAACGGGGGACUCGUAUUUUGCUUAGAAACUCUUUUAGAAAACUGUGACUGGUUAGAGGAGCAACUGGGUGAUGUAGACGAUGACUACAUCCUGUUCGACUGUCCUGGUCAGAUAGAGCUGUACACCCACCUGCCUGUUAUGAGGAAACUCGUUGACACUCUACAAAGGUGGAACUUCCGUAUAUGUGUCGUGUUCAUGAUUGACUCACAGUUUAUGAUUGAUGGUGCUAAAUUUUUGUCAGGUACAAUGGCAGCACUUAGUGUCAUGGUUAACUUAGAACUACCACAUGUUAACAUUUUGACUAAAAUGGAUCUACUAAGCAAAUCGGCAAGAAAACAAUUAGACGAUUAUUUGGAUCCAGAUCCACAUAUUUUACUGGCAGAUAUGAGGAACGCUAAAUCAAAAUGGCAUGAGAAAUAUGCUAAGCUCACUGAAUCUAUUGGCGAAGUAAUAGAGAAUUUUAGCCUUGUCAGAUUCUACCCUCUGAACAUCAAGGAAGAAGAGAGCAUAGACAACAUCCUGCUAACUAUCGACAAUAUCAUACAAUAUGGAGAAGAUGCAGAUGUAAAGGUCAAAGACUUUGAUGAGCCUGAUCCUGAAGAUAAUGAUGAAUAAAUUAAUAUUUUUUACAAAA